AUGGGAUUGAGAAUAUUCAGUGGGAUUGUCGGUGUCUUGUCGUUACCGCGACGAGGCGAGUACGAGACGGUAUGCAUGGAAGUCUUGGAGGCGACGCGCGCGUUUUGCGCGGCGGCGUCCACAGAGGUGCAAGCAGCAUUUCGAGGCGCCUCCGAGAUCGCACCUAUGCUCGGGUUCACGAUUUCUACGCUCCUUGCGAUUUCGCACGAAGAAACAAGCGCGGGGUCGCAAGGGAGUAAGCUUCUGCGCUCGAGUGCGUUGAACACGCUCGAUUGCUUGAUUCGAUUUGUCGCCGACGCCGAUGCUCUCGCGUUUUUCCUUCCGGGCACGGUGUCUGGGUUGACCAAGGCGUUAGUCGCGGCGAGUGGUGUUCGCCCAAACGUUGGCGCUGGGCCGGGAGGAACUGGCGCAGAUGGCGUCGAGUUUGCCCUGAGUUCGAUGGCGUCCAUUCUGUCGUGCGUUCUGAACGACUCGUUGUACGAAUCAGAGCUCGGCGAUUCCGCAGAGGGCGAAGGUGCAAAUGCGUUGCAAAGCGCACUGGGUUCUCUCGUCGCUCGAUCGAUAGACGAUCAGCUGGAAUCGAACGCAAAAAAUAUGUCGAGGGAUAUGAACGACGAAAACGCGUCCGUAUCCCCUGCGAACGCUGGUAAAGAUCUCAAGGUGGUUCGAGAUAAAGAAUGGCUCUCUCUCGCGAGCUCUCGCGUUGAAGCGGCGCUCUUAGCGACAAUUCCACCCUUAGCGAGUCAUCAGCGCGCGACCGUGAGACUUGCGACUGGAAAAAUGGCGAGUAGCGUCUUAAAACAUUGUGCAAAAGUUCUGGGCGCGAAGACGAGGCGUAGAAUGAUGGAGUGCUUACUCACGCUCGCGGGAGAUAGUUGGGCACAAGUCUCGACGCCCAUAUUGGAAGAUUUGAGAUCUCUUGACAACCUCGGCUACGUCGUCCGAGCAGACUUGGAGGCAAUCAUAAAAGACGAUUUGUCCAACAUAGCAGACACGCUGCGUGAUUCUUCCGAUAAGGCUGUCGGGCAUCUUCAGCGCUUGCUCAUCGCUCUGGAAUUCGCCGGCGCUCGGCGCUUGAAAGAAACGCUAUUCGCCCGUCCGAGCUCGAGAGAACAUUUGUGCUCUACCAUUGCGGAGUGUCUGCUCAUCGAAACAUUUUCUUCUCAACGACGAGAUGGCAGCGCGCAGAUGAUAAGUUUAAUUGAUUUGACCGAAGCCAGCGUGUCGACGGCGCAAGGGUUGCCACGGGCGCCUCCUAGGUUGCAGUACUUCCCCGACGCAUCCAUGUACAAAAGUUUUGCAAAAAUGCUAAGAUUACUCGGUCGAGCGGCAUCAAUCACAAACGAAUCUUCACUGGAAACGUAUUUUGUGCCAAUGGCGCAAUACUUUCUCGGCACAUUGAGAAAUGAUGCAGAGCUCGACGCAUUGGGCACCGCGGGUGCAUGGCAAAGAAACGCGGCAGCCCACCUGAUAGCGCUCAAUGAAAUGCUUUUUGGCGCCAUCACUGAAUCAGCAGUCGAAAGAGAAUAUCUUGUUCGCGUCUCCAGUUUGAUCGUCGAAGAGUACGUAUGCAGCGAGGUGUGGAAUCUUGACGCUGCGGAACCGGACAACGCUCUUUUACUACGCGUGUUGAUGGAAGGCAUGGGGAUCAUCGGAGAAGGACUCGGCAAAGAUCACAUACGAACAAGUGCAUUUUUGACAAACGUACUUUGUCCAUUACUCGAUAAGCUCGGUGAAGAAUCGCUUGAGGUGCGAGACACCGCAGCGCUUGUUUUGCUCAAGUUGGCUCAAAGCGGAGAAUACAAUUCAACCGAUGAUUCACCAAUAGCGAGUCUUGUCGUUGCGAACGCAGACUACGUUGUGGAUAUGCUUUCUCGACAAAUGCGGCAUUUAGAUAAGCACUCACGCGCUCCUCGACUCUUUGCGGCUAUUCUGAGGAGGACUGAUGCGGCAAAGAGCAUGGUGAAGCUUCUCGCAGAGCCGAUUCGAUUGGCGUUGCGCACAUUUUUGAUCGUCAAUAGAGAAAAAAAUGCGGAGCACUCCGAAGAUUUUCUGCUCGUAAUGAAUGAAUAUUGUUCAGCAGUGUUGCUCGAGGUGCGAGAGAUAGAGACACACUCGCGAGGUGUUGUGGCUAGCAUACAAAAGUAUCACCCGGAGGAGCCAGACAGCGAAGACGAGAACGAGCUGACGGAGGUCUUUGUCGAAGAAAUGCGUUCGGUGCUUUCGCAGGACAUUGAAACCACCCGGGCUCAGUCCUUGGAGCGCGUUCGUCGCCUUCAGGCCAUGGUCGGUUGUGCGAUAGACUUGCUGAGAUCGGUCAGCGCGCUGCUGGAGUCGCCUUACGCCGGCGUUCGAAGUUUAUCUGCAACGGCUUGCUCGUUCGCUCUUGAGAGCCUUUCAGCAGCAGAAUCUGCAUUGACGCAUGAUAAAUACGUCUUAAAAGUACUCAAAGCUUACGGAGGCAGGAAUUCCACGCCUUUUGAUGUGGCUUCCCUCUACAAAGAUGCCCGUGUACUGCCACACAUCCAUAACAUCUGGCCUCAUGCGGUAUCAUCGCUCAGCGACCGAUUUCAAAUUUCGAUUCAAGCUGAAGCGUACGAAGCGAGUUUGUCGUUACUUCGAACCAUGGCUUCGACAAGUGGUGGCGAUUUCAUCGCCAAACGCAUGAACUCGGAUCUAUGGCCUAUACUGUCGCGCGUUUUGCAACAAGGUGUUUGUCACGUUGACAAACGACACCGAUCGCUCGAACUUCUUACGCUGGCAGAUACCGUCGAUGCAAGCUUCAUCGCUGAGUCGGAGAUUUCAUCAGAGCUUACGAGACGCAUCCGUAUCAAAAUAUGCGAUACUUUAGAAUCCAUCGCAUCGUGCGAAAAAUCAAAGCAAGCGCUACACGAUUUGCUCGGGGCGGCAGUGCCCGUCGUGGCCAAGCUUGCCAUGGAGGACGACGAGGCUUUGCGACUCGUCGCAGCGAACGCAACGCGUGCUUUCGCAAAAGUCAACGGUGAUGAAGUUUGGCUAUACUCGAUGGCAACCGCGGCUCGUGGCUGUCUUUUGGUUGACAUUCCCACUCCAGUCUGGAGUGUCGCGCCCGAGGCUGGAUCGCAGCGAGUCAGUCUUCCCCCUGUUUCUGCCAUCGUGCCUGAGUGUUGCUUUGAUGGUGACAGGAAGGAAAGUAGGGAAGCGACUUUCGCGGCAAACAUUCUCAAAUCAUUAGUCUUAUAG